AAACUACAAUCCUAUAAAAGUUACAAAUACCAUUUCAUUCGUGCUUUCUUUGUUUGCCAUUCAUCUUUGAUUUCCUUUAGCUAAAUAUUUAAAAAUACGAUCGCAUACAUAUAUACAUAUUAUAUGCAUAUGCGUGUAUAUAUAUUUGAAAUCUUGAAUUGAUCAAUUUUCAGAUAACUUAGAGGUGUUCUCAGUUGGGUUGUUAGGGUAUUUCUGGAAAGUUUCUAUUUUGUGUAAAAGAAUGGCACAAGCUGUGGAAGAAUGGUAUAAACAGAUGCCAAUUAUUACGCGUUCGUAUCUUACUGCUGCAAUUGUAACAACUAUUGGUUGUUCUCUUGAGAUUAUAUCUCCAUAUAACUUGUACCUGAACCCCAAGUUGGUGGUGAAGCAUUACCAGGUCUGGCGCCUGAUUACAAAUUUUCUCUACUUCCGGAAGAUGGACUUGGACUUUCUGUUUCACAUGUUUUUCCUAGCUCGGUACUGCAAGCUUCUAGAAGAGAACUCCUUCAGGGGAAGGACUGCAGAUUUCUUCUAUAUGCUCUUGUUUGGUGCCACUGUUUUAACAGGAAUUGUUCUUGUCGGGGGGAUGAUACCUUAUGUCUCAGAGUCAUUUGCAAAGAUCAUCUUCCUAAGCAAUUCACUGACGUUUAUGAUGGUUUAUGUAUGGAGCAAGCAAAAUCCGUUUAUCCACAUGAGUUUUUUGGGUCUCUUUACUUUCACAGCAGCUUACCUCCCAUGGGUUCUUUUGGGCUUCUCUGUGCUUGUUGGGGCCAGUGCUUGGGUGGAUCUACUGGGAAUGAUUGCAGGCCAUGCUUAUUAUUUCCUAGAAGAUGUCUAUCCACGAAUGACUGGUCGUAGACCCCUGAAAACACCAGCAAUUAUCAAAGCAUUGUUUGCUGAUGAGCCAGUAGUGGUGGCUCGGCCUGCUAAUGUUCGCUUUGCUGCUCCUCCUGUUGAUGAAGUUCCACAAAACCUGAGAUAAUUUUAUAAGUAAACCAGUGGCACUGGCUACAGUUUCUGUAAAUUGACCUAGAUAUUUUGUUGGAGGGAAUCAAGGUUAUAGUUGGUCUUGUCGAUGAUGAUUGUGCUAGUUACUAUCCCGUCUUCAUUCCUUGUCAAAUUGUUGGUGUGUUGUUUACACUUUGCAAUUUGGGUUUGAAGAUGCUUUUUGUAAUUUAGACCUGGAUUGGAGUAUUGCUGGCUGCUAGAGAAAAUUUGCCUAUCUAACAGAAAUUCAUUCGUUAGUGUAUA